AUGGUCAAUGAAGAAAGGAUCACUCAUCCUCCUGAUCCUGAUCAAGGCCCUGUGCUCCCCACCAUUCAUUCAAUGCACAGCCCUGCUGGAGAACACCUGCCUGCUCCGCAUGAGGAGGAAUGUGCUGCAAGGCUGGUGUGUUCCAUCCUUGAGGUCAAGCCCCAGCAAUGGAUGCUCCCACCAUUUGCUCUUGCAGGCUGGGACACCAGGGAUGAAUGGUGCAGCAAUAUCAUUCAAGCCCUCAGCACCAUCACCCACUAUGUUGUGACCCCUGAUGAGGUGCAGAACUAUGGGCACUGGCAGUACACAGGAUACUGCAGUCUCUGCAUCAUUGGGGUGAUCCUUUUGGCCUUGGAGAGUAUGCAGCAGAUCACCAAGGUGUUGGUGAUGCACAAUCCUGUGUUCUGGGGGAUGUUCUUGAUGGUGCUCAUUGUGGCAAAGAAAGAAGGCAUCUCCAUCACCAAUAUCAUCCUCAGCAUGGUUGCUGAGCUUGCCACCAAGGGAAUCAAGAUGAAGGCAGAUGUGGGUGCAAGUGAGUAA